AUGGGUACUACAUUCUCUCAAGGAAAUUUUUCCUUAGCACCUUUCAUAUCUGAAGAAGUCGAAGCAUCAGUUAAUCAAAUACUGCAUGCAUUCAAUCACGAACUAGCGUUUCAAUCCAAACGUCAAAGCGAUCAAUCUGAGUCUGAAGCACUACCAUCAACUUCACACCCUCAAGAAACAACGAGACAUCCUCGUCAUCAUGAACGCUCACACCGUAGCCAUAGAUCGCGAUCAUUAGAUCAACCUGAGCUCAGUGAUCCACAUAAUCGUAUCUCACAAACAAAACUAUCUGUAAUUCGACGUCAAUGGCAAUGCCAGUUUUGUUAUAAAAAAAACGAAACCGAUGCUCAGAUAUGUGGUGACUGUGGUUCAAAUAAAAUCAACGUUUAUAUUCCCAUCAUGGGUCAUAUGGAUGCUACUUCCAAGAAAACUGAGCAGCGACACAAAUCUCUUCUAUCUCCACCAGACAGUUUACCUAGGCGACAUUCUUCAAGUCGGCGUCAUUCAAAUCGAUCAUCAACUCAUAAGCACGAAAACGUGUUACUUAUCGAAGAAGAAGAUGUUCAUCGCCGAAGUGUUCUCGGCGCACAUAAACGUGAAGUCGACGAACAUAUCGUUCUACAACAUGUCGAGAAAAUUCUUCGCGCUUGCAUUCAAUCACACAGUAAAUUCAAGGAUGAUACUUUUCCUGCAUCGCCUCAUUCACUCUAUAUUAACGGAAAUUCUCUGUCAAAAUCUACUUUGGCAAUUGUAUCAAAUGAUCAACAAUCCGACUUUUAUUCCUCGUUAUCCAGUAAUCAGAUCCAAUGGUUAAGACCCGAUCAGAUUACUCCGCAAGAAUGGAGCGAUAACGUUCGAACGCAGUGGGCUGUUUUUCGCGAUCCAAAGCCGAAUGAUGUCUUGCAGGGAGCAUUGGGUGAUUGUUGGUUUAUCACAGCGCUGAGUGUUCUCGCUGAAGAGCCUGAAUAUUUAGCGAGGGUCUUGAUUACUAAACAGUAUAACUAUGAAGGAAUAUACUGUGUUCGCUUAUGUAAAGAUGGUGAAUGGACACAAGUUCUAGUGGAUGAUCGUCUUCCAUGUACGUUGAACAGACGAUUGGCUUACUCUCAAGCACAUCGAAAGCAACUUUGGGUCCCAUUGAUUGAAAAAGCCAUGGCGAAAUUAAACGGUAGCUAUGAAGCAAUCAUAGCUGGUCGCUGCUGUGAAGGUUUGGCUACCGUCACCGGAAGUCCAUGUGAGACAUUGAUUCUUGGUCGUUCAAACAAUCCUGAUGAUAAAAAUGUUGAUUAUGAUCGUUUAUGGUCAAAAUUAUUCAUUGCACGGUCACAAGGAUUCUUAAUGUGUGCAAUGUGUAGUAAUAAUCUUGUCAGUAAAGAAGAAUUUGAAAAAUACGGAUUAUUGAAUGUCCAUGCUUAUUCAUUACAAGAUAUUCAGCAAUCUAAAGAUGGACGGCAUCGAUUAGUGAAAUUGAGGAACCCAUGGGGUGGAACACAUCGAUGGACAGGUGAUUGGUCAGAUCAGUCUCGCUUAUGGUUGGAGAAUCCUGAUCUACGUCGAGAGUUAUUAAACGAAAAGCGCAACAAACGAGAUGGUGUAUUUUGGAUGCCAUUUGUAUCGUUUGUGAAGUAUUUUGAGUGUGUCGAUAUUUGUAAACUAAGACACAAUUGGUAUGAAGUACGAGAUUCGGCGAAUUUCUAUCCAGCUCCGAACAUGGUACAAGCCUACUACUUACACCUAUCAACAGCAACAGAACUUGACAUCACACUUCAUCGAAAGAUUAGUAAGAAUCUUCGUAUUCACCGAAGCAAUCUCAGUCUUUGCGUCGCUGUUAUCAAUAUGGAAGAACAGUCUCGUGGAAGUUAUCGCAUCUACUCCAUACCAAUGAUUAGUCAACGUGCACAACAUAAACUUAUUUCAACAGAUGGUUAUUUAUCGGCCGGCGCCUAUGUUAUUUUACCAUUGUUAUUUAAUCCAACAAAUAAAACUCCCGAUAAUACGGAUUACACUAUUGCUAUUCAUAGUUCUCAUGUCGUCGAUCUAGAACGCAUUCGGAUUCCAUCCCGGAUUGAACGUGAGUUUUUAAUCAAAUUCUGUAUAUUCUACGGCGAUCAAGUUCGGCUCACGAAUCACUCCGAUCGGGACACCAGUCAAUCCGACGGUGUUUGUGUCUAUGAAUUAAAAAAGUAUUGGGAUGGUCUUGUUUUACUUGUGGAAAAUCGUCACCCAUCAAAAUAUGUUCAUUUUUAUUUCAACUGCCUGGUAUCACAAAAUGCUUCGAUAUCACGAAAAGAUGGCUACAAAGAAUUGGUCGAUGUUAUUCCGCCGAACUAUCGACAAAUCAUUGUAGCAGUAUCGCGAAAGAAUCCUGUGCAUGCGUUCACUAUCGGCCAUGAUUUUCAAUAUGAUCUCUCAUCACAAGAAUUCAUUAAAUAUGGCGAUGGUAUGGGACAAAGACAUUGGCCAUCAAUUGAUGAAAAUCAAGCAAAUGAUGAUAUUCAUUUACCUCAAUAUAUUUCUACAGCAAAACAGAAUUAA